AGUUCAGUAGUUACUUUUUACGCAGUGCUGUCAAGAUGACGAUCACUGCUAAUUCUUUAAAGAACAAGCUUAUUUUCUCCCAAUUACUCGCGGGAAUUUGCUUUGCCACCGCGCAGUACCAAGGUGUUAAAGGUGGUCAUUAUUAUCAGCCCACAACCACGAAUUCGGAUAAUAAUAGUCGAGCGGGUACUUGUUAUAAGAGAGUUCCAUACCAUGAAGCCUUGGCUAUUUACAACAAAACAGGAUCAAUACACAAUCAUGGAUACAGACCACAAUGGAACAACACUUAUGACAACGGCUACGUAAUGAUCUUAGACUGUUGUGACGGAUAUCAACGGAACGCAAUUACAAACCAGUGUGAGUAUGCAUCAACCGACUGUCGAACGGGGUGCUUCGGGGGAAGAUGCGUAUCUGGACAAUGCACAUGUGACCCUGGUUGGUACCCAGUGGAGGGUGUUUGCAAACCGAUUUGCCGGCGUCCUUGUGGCGAGAAUGCUUAUUGCUUUUCGCCGGAAGUCUGCGAGUGUAAACUUGGGUGGGAGCGAGACUCGCCUCAGGGUGUUUGCAGACCCGUGUGUCCCGGAGGAUGUGUCAAUGGGGACUGUAUCGCGCCUCAUGUGUGUCAAUGUCGACCCGGAUACACUUUGAACGGCACCCGCGAAAGAUGUGAUGCUGUUUGCGAAGGUGGCUGUCACAAUGGCGACUGCAUUGCUCCUGGAGUUUGCAACUGUCAUCCCGGAUUCAAAAAUCCAUCAGGAGAACGCGAAUCAUGCGUUCCAGAUUGCGGUCCGUGUGAAAAUGGCCGUUGCGUUUCUUCUGGAUUCUGCGAAUGUAAACCAGGAUACCGUAAAGAUCCUGCAUCAGAGACAUGCAUCGCAGAGUGUCGAAACGGAUGUCCAGUUAACGGGCAAUGUGUUGCACCAAAUAGAUGUGAUUGCUACAACGGAUAUCGUCUAGAUUACGCGAGUAAUCAAUGUGUGCCUCUAAAUUAUCAGCCGGGUGGUUAUCAACCGGAUGGUUAUCAGCCGAACAGUUAUCGACCAGAUAAUUAUCAACCGAACACUUAUCAUCCUGAGAAUCAGGGGGGGAAUUACAGGCCUAAUCAACAAGGGAAUCCCCAGGACUGCGAUCGUCCUUGUAUCAACGGAGUCUGCAUGGGCUACAAUAUUUGCAGCUGCAAGAAUGGUUACAUACCAGACCCUGAGGAUUUAUCUAGGACCAAAUGUGUACCUUCGUGCCCUGGAGGGUGUCCCAAUGGUGUUUGCUCUGGCCCCAAUUUCUGCAUUUGCAAGCCUGGAUUCGUCAAAGAUCGAGGUGUCAAAGGCUCGCAAAGAUGUAUACCUCAAUAUAAUUGAUCAUUUUUUUAAUUAUUACUGAUAAUUGUAUUAUAAUCAAUAAUCUCUAAGCCAAAAUGUUAUAUUUAAACAUUUGGAAAAAAAUUUUCAAUGUAAUAAAUAAUCAACCUUGAAAAUUAAAA